ACCAGUAUGCAGGAGAUCACCAAGGUAACGGGAACUUCAACAACGGCAACAACAACAACAACUGGCAGGACUCGCUCUUCCUGUUCGUGGCCAUCUUCUUCUUCUUCUGGCUGCUGAGCGUGUGAUCGAUCGGGAGAGAUCCCGUCGAUCGGACUGAAUCCUGACUGCGAUCUACAGACCAAACGAGCUCAACAGCUCCGUAGAUGUUUGUGACUCUUUUGAAACCGGAUGUUUUUGUUUCCGUUGUUCUCUGUGAAUCCCCAAAACCCUCCAGAGGAACCUGCAGCUCUUCCGCUUCCGACGUACGUUUGUCCCUGAAGCUGAAGAUCUCCUUUCACCUGCUGGAAGCUCACGGACUUUUGUCUCCAUGUCAGGCUUUGGGAGCAACAGGAUCUGCUCGGACUCUCGGAUUCCUCACAGCUUUAGCUACGUUUUAUACGGAUAACAUGACUUAAUGUGAUGGUUUGAAGACUGUGGAACGAAACCCAACAAUCUCAGAUUAAAGAUGAAUCAAUCUUC